UCCAGGCAGGAACUAGAGUCAGAGGCUUCCCCUGCUACUUGCUGGGAGAGAAGAACAUUAGGAAUGCCUUUCAGUGCCUCGCUUCCUGAACUGUCCCACAGUAGCCUGGCGGCCUGGGGCCAUCUGACCACAGCUCGCCUUCACCCCUGUAGGAAUCCAGAUGCAGGCCAAGUACAGCAGCACGAGGGACAUUCUGGAUGCUGAUGGGGACACCACCAUGAGCCUGCAUUCUCAAGCCUCUACUACAACCCAGCGGCCAGAGCCUGGGAACACAGAGCACCAGCCUUCCUCUUCAGCUUGGCGCCCAAUGGCCCUGACCCUGCUGACUUUGUGCUUGCUGCUGCUGAUUGGCCUGGCAGCGCUGGGGCUCCUGUUUUUUCAGUUCUACCAGCUCUCCAAUACUCAGAAAGACAGCAUUUCUGAAAAGGAAGAAAGAUUGGGGAAUCUCUCCCAACAGCUGCAAUCUCUCCAAGCCCAGAACAGGCGGCUUGCAGAAACUCUCCAGCGUGUGGCUGAAAAACUUUGUCGAGAGCUCUAUAACAAAACUGGAGAACACAGGUGCAGCCCUUGCCCCCAAAAAUGGAAGUGGCAUGGCGACAAAUGCUAUCAAUUCUAUAAAGAGAGCAAGAGUUGGAAGGGCUGUGAAUAUUUCUGCAUUUCUGAGAACUCGACCAUGCUGAUGAUAAACACACGACAAGUACUGGAGUUUGCCAUGCCUCAGAGCUACUCUGAGUUUUUCUACUCUUAUUGGACAGGGCUAUCCCGCAAUGGCAGUGGUGAGGCCUGGCUGUGGAUGGAUGGAGCCCAUUACUCCCCUGAACUGUUUGAGAUUAUAAUAGAUUUCACCAGCCUGAGAAGCAGGGACUGUGUGACCAUCCUCCAUGGAAAGGCUUUCUCGAAAGACUGCAGAGAGCUGAGGCGGUGUGCAUGUGAGAGAAUGGCAGCAACAGUGGAGCCUGAGAGGCUCCAUUAGCUUCUCUGAACCAAUACAUGGAGGUGAUUGACUCUCCGGCCACGGCUACAACUUCAAGCUUCCUACAGAGAAAUUGAAGAUCAGAACAAAAGUCAAUGUCUUUACGUGAACCUCUUCUAGUUUGGUUUCAAUGCCUAUUUUCUUCCAUUUGAUCUAUGUGUAUUCAACAAUUCAACGAAAAGAUUGAGCCACUCGAGGUCAAUGCAAGAGAUAUUAGAGACAUUGGGGAAUGGAAAAAAGUCAGGAAAGACAAUCUCUCUGACUCGUACAAGAAGGCUUUUCAUGUAUCCUGUCCGAGAUCACCAGCACUUCUGAGCAUGGAUUCAUGCAUAUAUUUUCCAGUCACUAAGUCCUAUUUCUGUACCACAAGAAGCCUCAGAAACCCAUACAGUUGUGUAAUCCACCUUCUUGACUUAGAGAUAACUUUCUAGUGUUCUUCCUUCUCAGCAUCCAAUAUCAUCUCCCUAUUUCCAUGUCUUCCUUAAUAUUUGGAGAAGUGGGAAACUUACUGACGUAGAGGAGAUAAAUGUAGGUAACAUUCUUUGCCCCAACAGUCAAGUAGUCCGUGAGGAAUUAGCAACCAUUCCCUAUGCUGUGCUAUGAAAUACACAGCUAACUCUUUUUGCUUCAGUUCAUACUUUUGCCUCCACAAUCUCUCAAUAAAGUCCCCAUCUGCUAUGUCUAUGAACUGAUUCCCUCUGGGAUCAUUCUUUUUAUUAGAAUCUCAGCUUCUUACAAACAUACCUCCUCAUGUCCACUUAAGACUCCAAUAAUUAUCUCCUUUCCAGAGGAACUUCUCCCAGGAAAGAAAUAUUCUCAAAUCAGUUCCAUACCAGAAUUACUGUCCCUGAUGCUCCCUUCAGAGACAUGGGAGAUCAGAACAAAAGUCAGUCUCUUUACUUGCAUCUGUAAUACUUUGGUUUCAGUUUCUAUUUCCUUCCUUUUGAUCCGUGUUUAUACCUUUCAGGUA